AUGCCGAACACUCUUUCAGGAACCAAGCGGAAGAGGAAGAGAUCCUCAAGUCCUCCCCGCAUUUCAUUCGAAUCAAUCCCUCUCGAACCGCAUCCUAGCAAGUCCAACCUCCGCCAGGCUACCUGCAACAAGUCUACUAUCCACGAUCGCAUCUCACGCGAGCCAAUCUCACCGGAGCCCACCCCCUUUGAGUCUAUUUCCGGCACGCCCACCGUCAGGGAGCAUUCGCCUGAGCCUGCGCCAGCAUCGCUAUGGGUUCCAACACACAUCCAUAAAAUUGGUCCGCACACACCUAGGAUCGAGCUCGAGCAACCUGCCUCGAAAAUGACGCUUACGCACGAUGAUAAAUAUCUGGCCGUGGUUGUUGGAGAGAAGGAACUGCGGCUUUACGAUACCAGCAACUUCGAGCUUGUGUCAACCCUACAAGUACCCGAGCCCUGUUCCGGGUACAAGGAGAUCCUCUUUGCGCCAUUGUUGAUGGAAAAUAGCGGGUACAUGCUGGUGACGGUGACAGGAAGGAUGGGGGUAUACGAUUUCAAUCCCCGGGUGAAAGUGCCCGUUCCUAGAGUGACUGUACCCCUCGAUGAUACAGAGUCCGAGGGCUCUUCUGCUGGCUCAGAUGAAGGCAGUCUUGAUAAGCGUCAUAAGAGUCAGGACGUCCGGACAACGUCUGCCAUGUCCACGAUGGCGUGCAUCACAGAGCAUCAGUUCAAUGUGCUCGGGUGGAAUGUCGGAUUCAGCCCGGACGGAACUUUUAUGGUUUACACGACGCUGCGUGCAAAAGAGCGCCGGGUCUGUAUAUGGGACGUCAAGCAACGACGAACACGGAAAAUUGUGAAUCCAGAACUCAAACGCCCCAAGGUCACCAUUUGCCCGAACUCAGACUUGAUCGCGACCGGUGGUUUGCACGGUCUUCUCCAUAUUUGGAAAGCAGCCAAUGGUGACUGUGUGUCUGUUUUCAAGAUGGCGGAGAAAGAUAAGGUGCUCAAUGUUAUAUUCUCGCCCGACUCCAAAUGGCUCGCUGUCCAUGAUCGCAAAGGAGAAAGUCUCCACAGAAUCUACGACAUAGCAACCGGCCAAACUAUCUUCAGUGUCAGCAACUCGUAUUCUCCUCGGGCAUGGAGCAUUGGAGGGAACCUUUUGGCAGCCAGCAGUGUGACCGGACAUCGAGAAAUCGUCCUAGUCGACGGUAUCACCGGCACCGAACGAGUCAGGUGGGACUUGGGGGAUGAGGAAGGUGGUGAGAAGAAACGAAAGAAAGGUCGGCCGAAGUUUCUCCGUCAAUAUUCCUCCGAGCACCUCAGAUUCCUGGACCAUGGUUCAAAGCUUGUGGUUUGCACUGCUAAUGGUAGACUUGACCUUUACGAUUUCUUGUCUUUUGCCAAACACCGCUAUCAGGGCUGGCGUAGUUCCAAUGCCCUGCUCUUCUCCAACAAUCACCGCGGUUUCGUUUUAAGCGACCACGAGAACAAAGCUCUGAUAUUUCAGGACUUUGAAUGA